CCGAGCCACUAUGGCGUCGUCGAUCGUCCUGAUGGCCAAGAGCAAGUACGAUAACCUGAAGACGUCACCGCCCUUGUACGACACAGACGACCCGACGAGAGUCCAGGUCCUACUCUAUGUGUCCAGCAUUGAAGCUGUUAACGAAGUCAGUCUGGACUAUACAGUCGGCAUUCUACUGCACCUGCGAUGGCACGACAAACGACUCACAUCCUCCGACAUCGAAAACAGAUUCAACUCCAUCAAAGAGCACUACGUGGACUUCGACUCGGAGAACAUCAAAGAGAUCUGGGUGCCGGACAUUUUCUUUCCGAACGAGAAGCGGGGCUCGUUCCAUAAGAUCAUGGCACAGAACCAGAUGAUGUUGGUGUACAAGGAUGGCACGGUUUUGUACAUCUCCAGGUUGUCUAUGACGCUGAGCUGUCCUAUGGAUCUCAAGAACUAUCCUUUUGAUAAGCAGAUAUGCCUCAUCAAGAUGAUGAGCUUUGGCUACACUGAUACCGAUGUGCAAUUUGAGUGGUUCAAGGAAAACUCCACCCAUCAAGACGGCGAACUCUCAGCUUCGUCAAUAAUUGUGGACCACCAGGUCAUGCUGCCACAGUUCGAGAUCAAGGACGUUCGGCCCGUGGUCUGCGGGCGUCAGUACCACCAACGGAAAGGUAACCACAGCUGUCUGCAAGCCGAGUUUCACCUGGCCAGGAACAUCGGCUUCUACAUGGUCCAGAUGUACAUCCCCAGCGUGCUCAUCGUCAUGCUCUCCUGGAUCUCCUUCUGGCUCAACGUCAACUCGGUGCCUGGUCGGGUCUCGCUGGGGCUGCUCACGGUGCUCACCAUGACCACACAGAGCUCAAACGUCAACGCCGCCCUGCCCAGAGUCUCCUACACCAAGGCCAUUGACGUCUGGAUGUCCACCUGUCUCGUAUUUGUCGUCGCCGCCCUCGUCGAGUUCGCCGUCGUCAACGUCUUGAGCCGGAAAGACGCCAUGCAGGGCUUCUCUAUAAACAAGUUUUUCAAACGUUCCAAAGAGGCCGCAAAAGAAGGGGGAUCAGCGAUCGAAGCGGAGAAAGAAGAUAAACCAUUGAACAAGACAGAG